AUGACAAGCAAGAAAGAAGCUGCAGAGUAAGCUUUGGCAGUUACUAUGUUUACUUUAAUAAGACCUUAAAGAGCUUUUAAUUCAAUAGAUAAGAUAAACAUACAGUAAUUAAACGAAGUCUUUGAAAUAUUUUGA